GAAGAUGGGUGUAAUAUUAAUAUCCAUCACCAUCGUUAUCGUUAUUCACUUGUUGUAAACGAUCUUUCUCCCGCGAUUGAAGGUUGAUUUCGAUUCCUCUCUCUCUCGAUUGGAUCUCCCUCACUCGCUUCAUCGUUUCCGAUUCUAGGGUUUUCCUUCCUCCUCCGAUUGAUUCGUUGCCGACGAGGGGCUAGGGUUUCUCUGCUGCCAGAUCCGUCUUCGAUUUCCCCUGUAUCCUCCUCGGAAUCCUUCAAUUCCAUUUCAUCAUGUUUUGGCGUAUGGCUGGUUUGUCCACUGCAUCUCCGGUGGAGACCAUUUUGGAUAGGGAGAAUUUUACUUUGGAGGAACUACUUGAUGAGGAUGAAAUUAUUCAAGAAUGCAAAGCUCUUAACAGUCGCCUUAUAAAUUUCUUAUCUGGAAGAGCACAGGUUGAACAAUUAAUACGAUACAUUGUCGAAGAAGCUCCUGAGGAUACUGAAAAGAAACGAACUUUUAAGUUUCCUUUUAUUGCUUGCGAGAUAUUUACUUGUGAGGUUGAUAUCAUUCUCAAAACUCUUGCAGAAGAGGAAGAAUUGAUGAAUUUGUUGUUCUCCUUUUUGGAGCCAAAUCACUCCCAUAGUAAUCUACUAGCUGGAUAUUUUAGCAAGGUAGUUGUAUGCCUGUUGCUACGCAAGACAGUUCCUUUCAUGCAAUAUGUUCAAGCUCACCAAGAAAUUGUGAAGAAACUAGUUGAGUUGAUUGGCAUUACAUCUAUUAUGGAGGUUUUGAUACGGUUGAUUGGUGCGGAUGAGCACAUGUAUGUAAAUCAUGUGGAUGCUAUGCAGUGGAUUGAAGACACUGAUGUGCUUGAAAUGAUUGUGGACAAGUUCAGCUCUUCAAACUCCCCAGAAGUGCAUGCUAAUGCAGCAGAAACACUUUGUGCCAUUACCCGAUUUGCUCCAGCGGGGCUUACUGCCAAAAUAUCCAGCCCAAGCUUUAUAGGAAGAUUAUUCCGACAUGCUCUGGAAGACUCUAGGCCAAAAUCUGUUCUUGUUAACUCUUUGUCUGUAUGCAUAUCCUUGCUAGACCCUAAGAGAUUUGCAUUUGGAGCUUAUAAUACUUAUAACCGCCAAAUAACUAACGGAUCUGCUGUAACUGCAAAUCCCGAGACUGUUGAAGGCAUGCUAGAAAGCCUAGGUGAUCUACUCAAACUUCUAGAUUUUUCUUCCGCUGACAAUCUCUUACUAACUACUUUUGGCAAGUUACAACCACCUCUUGGAAAACGUCGUUUGAAGAUUGUAGAGUUUAUAUCAGUCUUAAUAACUGUUGGUAGUGAAGCUGCUGAGAAGAAAUUGAUUGAUCUUGGAGCAGUAGAAAGAAUAAUACACUUGUUCUUUGAGUACCCAUACAACAACUUUCUACAUCACCAUGUAGAAAAUAUUAUAAUGUCAUGCUUAGAGAGCAAGAAUUCUUCUCUUUGGGAACAUAUCCUCCGGGAUUGUGAUUUAGGAGGGAAAAUUAUCCAAGCAGAAAAGCAUGUUACAUUGGAAGUGGAUACAAACAAGCCAACAAUACCUGCUGAGGGUAAAUCCCCGCCCAGGAUAGGAAGCAUUGGGCACUUAACCCGUGUAUCAAACAAACUUAUCCAGUUAGGAAAUAACAACAAUGCGAUUCAGGAACAUCUGCAGGGCAAUAGUGAAUGGACAGAUUGGUACAUGAAUGUCCUAUCAAGCCGAAAUACUGUGGAAAAUGUCUAUCAAUGGGCGUGUGGGAGACCAACAGCAUUGCAUGACAGGACUAGAGAUAGUGACGAGGAUGAUUAUCAGGAUCGGGACUAUGAUGUUGCAGCCCUAGCAAAUAACUUAAGCCAGGCUUUCCGUUAUGGCAUUUACAAUAAUGAAGACAUGGAAGAGGUUCAUGGUUCUCUUGAACGAGAUGAUGAGGAUGUCUAUUUUGAUGAUGAAUCUGCUGAAGUUGUGAUAUCUUCUUUGCGUUUGGGAGAUGACCAUGAAAGCGGGUCUCUUUUCACAAAUUCCAACUGGUUUGCUUUUGAGGAGGAGAGAGAUCGAGAAGCCAAUGAACGUUCGACUGGCUCCCUUGCUUCUCCAUCACCUAAUGCUGAGGAAGGUGCUAACAAUGCCAGUGCAGAUGAUAAUGUUGUUGCUGGUGACGAUGAGGACUUAGCCGACACUGCAACAUCUUCUCCGGAAGUAGGACCGAAAUCAGAACCUGGUGGAACUGAUAAACCAGUUGAGUGGGUUGAAUGGAGGGAGUCUUCAGAUGCCAAUGACCCUUCUGAUGUUCCUCUGAACGGAGAACCUGAGACAGCAUCAGGAAACAAUGAUCCCCCUUCUGAUGUCCCUCUGAACGGAGAACCUGAGACAGCAUCCGGAAACAAUGAUCCUGAUGCAGCUGAUUCAUCAUCACUGCCAUCUACAAAGGAUGAACAGAUGGCUGCUGAGCCAUCAGUAUCACCCGACAAGAACCCUGACCCAAGUAUUGAAACCUCUGAGCCAACUCAAACGGGAAGUGAAACUGAAGGAGACAGAAGCAAGGACACUGCAGAUGACACAAAAGCAACUGAAAAUAUAAGUAGCUAAUCUAAAUUCCUCUGAAUUGGCUUGGGUGGCUAAUUUUGCAACAUUAACCAGGUGGGAAGAUACAUUCUGGAAUCUGGCUGGGCGAGAGUAUUUAGGACCUCUCUGCACGCAGUUUUAUUUUUUUAUAGGAAUAUUGAUUUUUUAUUCUCACCUGCUUCUGAAGCUAGAAAUUCAAUACCUAAUGAGGCUUUAUAGCUCAUGGUUGUUAGGUGCUACUGAAUUGUUCACCUGUUCAUAUCAAUAUUUGUCUCGCCCACUGAAUUUUCAAUUGUUCAUAUAAAUCUUUGUUCCCAA